AUGGUGAUGUUGAAACCAAUAGCAAAUCCAACAUUAUAUGCCCAUUAUGUAUUCAAUACACUUGAUCAGGACCAUACGGGAAUUGUGAGUUUUGAGGAUUUUGUUCAAGGACUUUCGAUAUUGUCGCGUGGUUCCGUCGAGGAGAAAUUACGUUGGACUUUUCAAUUAUAUGACAUCAAUGGCGAUGGCUACAUAACACGGGAAGAAAUGACUGAUAUUGUGACUGCCAUUUAUGAAUUAAUGGGACGUCUGCCUGACGAGCUGCCCGAAGAGGAGAAAAUCAAAAGCAAAGUGGAACGAAUAUUUCAG